AUUCAUUCUCACUAUUUCGCUAUUCCCUCUGUCAGCUUUCUCUACAGAAGCAGGCGCUGGAGAAAGAGUUGGAGACUCUGAAAGAGAAACUGAAAUGGACGGAGGGACAGCUGAAGGAGAGCCAGAAGAAAGAAGCACAGACACAAGCCAAACUGACGGAAGCUGUGCGUGAGGCAGAGGGCGUGGCUGUGACUCUGGAGCAGAGCAGGAAGCGAGAGCGAGCUCUGGAAGAGGAGGGGAGGAGACUUGCAGAUGAGCGAGCUGACACCCUGUGUCUCCUGAAAGAACUACAGGAGCAAAAGUCAGCACCUCCUCCACAAUCUGUGCAGUUUUGCCCUGUUGGACAGAGUUUUUCAUCUCAGUCUUCCUCAUCUCAUUAUCCUCGACCGUCAGCCCAAACCAAGAGGCCUUCUUCAAACCGAGCUGAGCAGAGGAGGGAAGAAGAGGAUGCACAGGAGAGAAGGACAGAUAUCAGAGCAUCUUAUCCUUCUGACAGAGAGCCAGGAGAAGGAAUUGACUCAGAACACAUCAGUGCCCUAAUCUCCCCAGACUCCUCAGAGUGUUUAAAGAGAGCAGGAGACAAAGGGAAAAUUAAUGAAGAGGAGAACAAAGUUAUAAAUGAGGCAAUAGAAUGUGACGUCUCUCAUACUCCCAUCAACAACUCUAACGCUAAAGAUCUUGAUAGAAUGAUCAGUCUUGAGCACUCACCUAAGACACAAAAUUUGACCCUUUCUGCAGAAAAGACACCUGCUCUCAAGUCUGAGCAGACCGUUCCCUCUGAAGACCUCAAAAAGGAGAAUGCAAUGCUCCGUUCAGAGCUUCAAGAUGUACGAGAAGAACUGCAGAAACGACUAGAGGACCUGGAAGCCCAACGAAGAGCUGAGACAGAAGCCAGGACCCGCCUUAAACAGCUUAGCCGCAAACACACCAGCCAGGCUGCAGAGAAAGAGGAGAAAGAAAGAGAAUGGAAGACACAACUGGAGACUGAAAGAGCUGAGACAGAGAGGCUGAGGAGGACGAUGACUGCUUUGGAGGCAGACAUAGAGUGUGUAAAGGAGAGGGGAAGCGAGCAGGAGGAAGAGAAAAACAAAGAACAACAAGAUAGGGAGAGUGAAAUGGUAGAGCUUAAUAUUCAGCUUAAAAAACAGCUGGCGGAGGUGAAAGCUCAGCUGGCUUUAGAGCGAGAAGAAAAAAAGAGAGAGGAAGAGGAGAGAAGCCAAAUAAUAAACACAGACGCUAAUGUAAAGGAACAGCUGAGCAUGAAGGUGGCAGAACUUAAAGCUCAAGUGGAAGAACUGAAGCAAAAAAGAAAACACACACAAGAAGAGAAGCACACAGAUGCAAACACUCCCCUGACGUAUUUGACUCUUCGUGAUGACGAGCUCAACUCCAACAUCAAUAGCUGUGGCCACGCACUCCUGCCUUCACCAGAGCAGCACCUCCUUUUCUGCCAGUCCACCAACCAACACAACAUGCUUGUUUCUCAGACAGCAGCAGACAUCAUCCAAGAAAAGAGCAAUGUGAUAGAUGCCGAGCACUCUCCUCUGUCAGAUGAUGUUCAGAUGGGCCGAAUAGCCUCAGACCCCCAGAUCGCUGAGCCUACAGCCUCUAAUUUGGUGAAAGAGGUGGAGCGACUGAAGAAUGACAAUGCAAAGGAGACAGAGCGCGCUAAUCAGUGUCAGAUUAAACUGGAGGCCCUGCAGAGCCAGGUGACACGUCAGACGCAGCAGCUAACCAUGGCCUUUGAGAAGCAGAGUCAGCACAUUGCAGGCCUUCUAACUGAGCUACAAGAGAAGGAGAGCGCCCUCCAAAGCCAAAAACAGGAACUACUACAAUGCAAGCAAGAGCUGGAUGAACUAAAGAAUGAUAAAAAGGAUGAGGUGAAGAUGAUGGUCAAAGAGGUGGAGGACCAUCAGAUACAAAGUGAAGAACAGGGAGAUGAGAAGCCGGUGGAGAAUUCAGAGCUCUCACUAAAACAGGAAAUGGAGAGUAGAGUCACCUGUCUAAUUGCAGAGUCACUGCCUGAGAGUGACUUGAAAGCACAGUGUGAUGCAAGUCAGCCAGAGACAUGUGAUACUCAAACGGCAACACCUGAUAGCAGUGAAGAAGCUAAUAAAACAGGGGACCAGCAUCCUGAAUCUAUAGACUCGAACAAAACUCAGAGUAACCCUGACUCUGCUUGUGUGAUGGUAGAGACUCAGUGCGGUCAAAGCGGAAAAGAAGCAGAUAUCCUUACUGAACUGCUCACUCUCAGACAGGAGAAUCAGCUGUUGAAACAAAGAAUUGAGGGCCUGACCAUCUCUGACGCACAAAACCCGACAUUACAGACUGACGCUGAAAAUCAAGACGAUCCAACACAAAGCCAAAACACACCAAACGCUGCACUGUCCUGCUUGGCAGAAGACGGGACACGGAGUCUGCUGAAUGACGUCAUGACUGAGGGACUGGAGUCAAGUAUGAAUGAGGAAGAAGAUGAAGGACAAGAUUUAAAAAAGGAAGACCAAAUAAACACAAGAACUGAAGAAGACCUGGAGGAAAUGUCUGAGCUGCAUGUAACUCAACUACAACAACAGGUGGAGGCACUGCAGAUAAGGGUACGAGCUCUCUCUGAGGAGACCCAGCAGCAGGCAGAGGAGCUUGCUGUAUGGAGACUGGCCUCCCAAACAGCACCAACAUUUGAGGAAUGUGAAACCCAUGAACUGACCUCUGCUGUCACACAGUCCCAGUCAAACCAGGAGCAAACAGAUGAGAUGACCCAGUGCUCGCCUCAAACUCUACCUGUUCAGGAUUCGGUUCAGACACCCACACUGGAUAUACAGAAGAGCCAGGAAACCAUCACAGUCAUCAGAGAAGACGAGUUACUCGUUUCCUGCUCCUCCAACAGACUUCAGGGCCGCAUGUUGUUCUCCAGACUGCAGAACAGCAACCUUGAGGAACCAAAGAGCCUCCAUCCCUUUAAAACUGCUGAAAAUUUUCAAGAAUACAGACAGGACACUGCCACGGCUGACCAGGAAUCUGAAAAAGAAAACCAGGAGAUUAACUUCACACAAUGGUCAGAUAAUUGUCCAAAAGUAAGAAGAGACAGUCAACUCAUCCAAAUGACAUUGGAGAAAAUGGCUCAACAUCACUCAGGCGAAGUCUGUGAGCCAGAUUCGACCAAAACAGAAGCCAAACUAAACACAACGACUAAUUCCUCAGACAGAGUUGUCAAGAUAGAAAUGAAAAGUGUCAGCAGUCAGACAGAGGAGAGUUUGAAUCCUCGUGGCAAUUCAACAGUAUGUGUUAACACUCAGACUGAGGAGGAGGAAGAACAAGGUUCAGUGGAUUCCCCUCCUGUGUCUCCUGUCCAGUUAUCUGCGGAGGCGGCGUCAGACAAAAUCUUGUUUUCUGGUUCCUUCCCCAUCCCGGCUGACCCGGCACGUCUGGCUGAAAGAAUUCGCCGCAACAGGACGCAGCUGUCAGCUGCCUUUGACGACACAGAAUACGAACCCUACGGCCUGCCGGAAGUCGUCAUGAAAGGUUUUGCUGACAUUCCCAGUGGUCCAGCAUGUCCCUAUAUUGUGAGAAGAGGUUUGUUGGGCACCGCUGUAGUACCUGUCUCCCAGAAAGACGCAGAACAGGACGAGACGGAUUAAAACACAGCAAGAGGUUUUUUGCAGACCUGUUGGAAACACCUGACUCACCCUGGCUUUACCAUGAACCUGAAUAAUGGACAACAGCCGCUGCACAACAGACUCAAAGCAAUUAAAACAUUGAAACAAACACAGGAGCAGUUUAAAAAGCUGUAAUCAGCUGUGGACUUCUUUACGUGUGUGUGCAGGUAACUAGAUCUGCACUGACAGAAUAAACACCUCCCCUGUGGAUCCAAAAAUGUUUUAAUGGCCUCUAGUUUAUCCACAAAUUACCACAUGGAGACUUUGCUGUCCAUCACAAUGGUGUCACUUUACACCCACCUGUAUAUUUAGGUACUGAGGUGGUGGUUUAGUGAUGCUUGUUGAUGUUUCUUGAACCACUUUUCCAAAGGGAUUGUUUAGUUUUUCGUAACUCAGAAUUAAGUUAUGGGCCUAGCCCGUUCUUACUUUGCAUGAAACGGUGCCUAGUUGGUGUUUUUCUAAACAAGCACUUGUCAAGAUAAGUUUGUUUUUCAAAAGGGUCAAGCCAAGGAAGGCCUGUUGUGGCAAAUAUGUUUGAAUCUUUAAACCAUUUCAGGUGGCUUAUUUUUGAACACUUGAAUGUGUUUUCGUAGAGGGGAGGUGUUAGGAAAAAAAUGUGUGAAAACAUAGUGUGAGUGUAUGAAUUAUUAGCUGUGAAUUUGCACCUUUGUGUCCCUAUCUUGGUGUUUCUGUUUGUCUCUGUGUGGGGGGGAUAGAGAGAGACUGGGAUAAGCUUGUCUAUGACUCAGUGUAACCUGGAUUGGUUUCCGCUCCAUGUAUGGUGAUACACACUGCAUUCCCACUCUCCUCCCUCUCCCGCUCUGCUUCUGUGUCUUACACUAAAGCACUCUCAGUAGUUACACAAAACAAAAUUCCCAUAAACUAAACAUGUGAAGCUUUUCUUUGUUAGAAUUAGAUGAACUAAGCUGGUGUCUUAUAAUGAAUAGCUUUUAAUUUAUUUGCUUUUUCCUCUUGCACAUUUGUAGAUAACAUGUAAAUCGUUUUGUAGUUGAGUUGGGAGAAAUGUCAAGUUUGUUAUGUACCCUAAAACAGCAGAUUUUCACCAUUGUGUUUACAGGAUUUGAUCUGGUAAAGGAUAGGUUCUUAAUUCUACUUAAAGUUAUACUCACAGGUCCUCACGUACAUUGAAGGAGUUGCAUGUUGUAGUUAAGUUUGGUAAGGUUGGUACCAAAGGUUGGUAUGACCCUU